AUGCAUUCCCAUCACUUGCAACUCGAGGAACCUAUCCGAAUGGCUUCAAUUCUCGAGCCUUCUAAACCUAGCUUCUUUCCCGCCAUGACGAAGAUCGUCGGAACCUUGGGCCCGAAAUCGCGAUCUGUUGAAAUCAUUUCGAGCUGCCUUCAAGCUGGGAUGUCAGUUGCAAGGUUUGAUUUUUCAUGGGGUAACACUGAAUUUCAUCAAGAGACACUGGAAAAUCUUAAGAUGGCUAUCAGGAGCACAAAAAAACUAUGUGCUGUGAUGUUGGACACUGUGGGUCCAGAGUUGCAAGUUGUCAACAAAACUGAGCAUCCUAUUUCUCUGGAAGCAGAAACCUUGGUCAUUCUCACACCCGAUCAAGAAAAAGAAGCCACUUCCAAUCUUUUACCAAUAAACUUUAGUGGGCUUUCAGAGGCAGUGAAGACUGGUGAUACAAUUUUCAUUGGUCAAUAUCUGUUCACAGGAAGUGAAACAACUUCAGUAUGGUUGGAGGUAAAUGAGGUGAAAGGAGAGGAUGUUGUUUGUUUGAUAAAGAAUUCUGCUACUCUAUCUGGUUCGUUAUUCACCUUGCAUGUAUCCCAAAUACGUAUUGAGCUGCCAACUCUCACUGAUAAAGAUAAGGAGGUUAUUAGCACAUGGGGAGUGCGUAACAAGAUAGACUUCCUUUCUUUGUCAUAUACCCGCCAUGCAGAAGACAUUCGACAUGCCCGUGACUACCUCACCAAGUUGGGUGAUCUCAGUCAAACUCAGAUUUUUGCAAAGAUUGAAAAUUUUGAGGGCCUUACCCAUUUUGAUGAGAUCCUACAAGAAGCAGAUGGUAUAAUCCUUUCUCGAGGAAACCUUGGCAUAGAUCUACCUCCAGAGAAGGUGUUUUUGUUUCAAAAGGCAGCUGUUUACAAGUGUAACAUGGCUGGAAAGCCAGCAGUGAUUACGCGUGUUGUGGACAGCAUGACCGACAACUUAAGACCCACUCGAGCAGAGGCAACUGAUGUUGCCAAUGCCGUCUUGGAUGGAAGUGAUGCAAUUAUUCUAGGUGCUGAGACUUUGCGAGGAUUAUACCCUGUUGACACCAUCUCCAUUGUUGGUAAAAUUUGUGCCGAGUCAGAGAAGGUGUUCAAUCAAGAUUUAUACUUCAAGAAGACUGUCAAAUUUGUUGGAGAACCCAUGUCCCACUUGGAAUCUAUUGCUUCCUCUGCGGUGCGUGCUGCCAUAAAGGUCAAGGCUUCUGUUAUCAUUUGUUUCACAUCAUCAGGGAGAACUGCAAGAUUGAUAGCAAAGUACAGACCAACUAUGCCUGUGAUCUCUGUUGUGAUUCCUCGGCUCAAAACAAAUCAACUACGAUGGACAUUUACUGGCGCUUUUGAGGCAAGACAAACUCUUAUUGUUAGAGGUCUCUUUCCAAUACUUGCAGAUCCUCGACAUCCUGCCGAGUCAACAAGUGCAACAAAUGAGUCAAUCUUAAACAUCUCACUGGAUCAUGGAAAAGCCAUUGGUCUCAUCAAGUCCCAUGAUCGUGUUGUCAUUUGCCAAAAAGGUUGGUGAUGAUUCUGUCGUCAAAAUCAUCGAGCUUGAAGAGUAAAGACUAAUAAGUCACUAAAUUACCUUUUAUGAGGUAUUUCUGAUUCGGCUAAUGAACAAUUUGACAUGUCUGUACAAUAAAUACACAUAUUCUGCAACUAGCCAGAAAGAAAAACAACCAGAUUAUGUCAUUCCAUUUGAAAUAUUCAUCACCCAGAAUGAUUCAACAAAACUACCUAAUCUUCAUGUAUCCCUUUUUCCCCAAAUGACACCCAACAAACAAGACUUGCAACAUAACAUAACAAAAACAUCAAAAACCAGAUCAACCAACAACAAAACGCUACAAAACAAACAUCAAAUAAUGCUGUCUAAUUUCUAAAAGUCUACCCAUGUUUUGCUUGAAAAUCCUUCAUGAAAGCAACCAACUUCUCAACACCAGCAAAAGGCAUUGCAUUAUAAAUCGAAGCCCUCAUUCCACCAACCGAUCUAUGCCCCUUCAACUGAACCAUCUUCUCUUUAGCAGCUUCCUUCACAAACUCACCUUCCAAUUCCGAUUUCUCAAGUGUAAACGGCACAUUCAUCAACGACCUCACAGAUUUCUCAACCGGACACCUGUAAAACCCUUUGCUCUCAUCAAUCGCAUCGUACAGAAUCUGCGCCUUCUUCAUGUUCUUCUUUUCAACCUCCACCAAACCACCCUGCGCCAACAGAUCUUCAAACACCAAUCCACACAUGUAAAUCCCGUAACAAGGUGGUGUGUUGUAUAACGAAUUGUUGUCGGCGUGGAUCUUGUAAUCCAACAUCACCGGUGUAAUCUCUUGAGCGUUUCCGAUCAAAUCUUUCCUUAUGAUCACUAUUGUGACACCAGAUGGGCCGACGUUCUUCUGAGCUCCGGCGUAAAUGAUCCCGAAUUUGGAAACAUCCACCGGCUUUGAACAGAAGUUGGAGGACAUAUCAGCGAUUAGAAGCGCGUCUUUGUUUUUAGGUGUCGGGUAGUCUUUGAACUCUACGCCGUGAAUAGUUUCAUUCGCGCAUAUAUGCAAAUACCUGGCGUUCGGGUUCUGAUCCAACUCAUCGAACGACGGAACCGCGGUGUAUUUCUCCGAUUUACCGGACCAGAUCACUUUAGGUUUGCAGUAUUUUGUUGCUUCCUUGAAUGCCUUGUCGCCCCACGACCCGGUCACAAUGUAAUCAACGGGAUCUUCAGGUUUACAGAUGUUGAGAGGGAUGCCGGCGAAUUGGGUGGUGGCGCCGCCUUGGAGGAACAGAACGGCGUAAUCUUCAGAGAUAUCGAGUAACUUUCUCAGAUCUGACUCUGCUUUUUGGAUGAUGGAGAGAAAUUCCUUCCCUCUGUGACUCAUCUCCAUAACACUCAUUCCAGCUCCCCGCCAAUUGUAGAGCUCCGAUUCGGCUUUCCGGAGAACAUUUUCGGGCAGCGUGGCGGGUCCAGCGGCGAAAUUAAAAACCCGAUCUUGAGCGGAGGCCGAAGCUGGUGGUGCAGCGACGGUGGCGGAGUAUGAACAUGUGAUUGAGAUGGGCUUGUUGGUGGCGCGUUUGAUCGGGAAGGCAUGGAUGGAAGGGGUGGUGGUGGUUGUUGAGGUUUUUAAGAUGCUAGGGUUUUUCAAGAGGAGGGUGUGAGGGGUAUUGGCUGACAUUGCCAUGGCUGCCUUGAAAUUAGAAGGUUGGAUGCAGAUUUUGAGGGCGUGUAUGUAUGUG